GUUGCCCGAAGCCGCUACCGGAAGUAUUAAAGCCGCCCCACGAAGUUGCCGGAGCCUCUCCCCCGAGUCGCCAGCAGCCGGCACCGGAAGUUGCCUGCGCGGAAGCGGAAGCGCGGCGGGGCCGGUGCCGCAGCCGCAGCGAUGCCCGGCGCGGUGGGGCCCGGGCGGCGUCGCGGCGCGGCGGGGGCGCUGCCGAAGCAGCAGGAGCGCAGCCUGGCCUCGGCGCUGCCCGGCGCGCUCUCCAUCACGGCGCUGUGCACGGCGCUGGCCGAGCCCGCCUGGCUGCGCAUCCACGGCGGCACCUGCGCGCGGCAGGACCUGGGUGUCGCCGACGUGCUGGGCUACGUGGAGCCCGACCUGCUGCGAGAUUACUGCAUGAACCCGCAGACGGUCCUGCUGCUCCGUGUCAUUGCCGCCUUCUGCUUCCUGGGAAUCAUCUGCAGCCUCUCAGCUUUCCUCCUCGACGUCUUUGGCCCCAAGCACCCGGCGCUGAAGAUCACUCGCCGCUACGCUUUUGCCCACAUCCUCACAGUCUUGCAGUGUGCCACCGUCAUCGGAUUCUGCUACUGGGCCUCUGAGCUCAUCCUCGCCCAACAACAGCAGCACAAAAAGUACCACGGCUCCCAAGUCUACGUCACCUUUGCUGUCAGCUUCUACCUGGUGGCAGGUGCUGGAGGAGCUUCCAUCCUGGCCACUGCUGCCAACCUGCUGCGCCACUACCCCACCGAGGAGGAGGAGCAGGCCCUGGAGCUGCUCUCCGAGAUGGAGGAGAAUGAACCUUAUCCAGCCGAGUACGAAGUCAUCAACCAAUUCCAGCCACCGCCGGCGUACACCCCAUGAUGCUGCCGGACUGCGGUCCUGGUCUUUCUCCCACCCCAAACUCCACUUUCUUAGUACCUCCUUCACUCUUCGCAUCCCUCCUGCGCAGAGAAAAGAACUUUUUGGGUCAGACGACUGGUGUUUUCUUCCCAUCCCUUAAUUUUAUGAACUACAUGGUGUGAUUUUGAACUCUCUACCAGCUUGGCUGGCUGAAACGACGAUGGCAUCAUCCCCGGGCAUGAGGGACAGGAUCACUUCUUCCCUGUUGGAGAUCUUGAGGGACAGGAGCUGCUCUCCCCUGUUGGAGAUCUUGCCCCAACCCUGCACCAGGGAGGAGGGGAAAAUCGUGCUGGAUUGGCUCCCUUCUCUGCCGAGACGUAAUAUGCACCGAGAGAAAGGCGUGAGGCUUGUAUAUAUUUAUGUAUAUAUAGAGGGGAACGGCCACCGUGGUGCUGAUGGGAGCAGAGAGGCUGUUUAUCGCAGCCAUGGCACAGGAGGAGGGUAGAGCAGCCCCUCUUUGCCUGGUUCUCGUCCCUGCCUGGUGCUGGGGGGAGAGGAGUGGCUGUCUAUCACAGCCGCACUGCAGGAGUGGGGUAAAGCAACUCCUGUUCUGCCUGCUCCUCUCUCCCACUCAGUGCUGGUGGCAGAGAAGUGGCUUUUUAUUGUGGCCGUGUGGCAGAGGUGAAACAACCUUAUCACUCUGCCUGUUCCUCUUCCCUGCCUGGCGCUAGCAAGAAGAGCAGCCAUGUAUUGUGGCCGUACAGUAGAACAGAGGUGAAACCACCCUGCACCACUCUACCCGCUCCUCUUUCCUGCCUGGCGCUGGGGGGAGGAGCGAACGUUUUUCACUGCAGGAGGAAUGUAAAACAACUCCACUUUGCCUGCUCCUCUUCCCUGCCUGGUGCUGGGGGGAGAGGAGCAGCCAUUUAUUGCAGCUGCGUCGCAGGAGAAGGGUGCAGCAUCCGCCCUUUGCCUGCUCCUCUUAGCGCUGGUGGGAGAGGAGUGGCUGUUUUAUUGCAGCCAUGCUGCAAAAGAAGGGUAGAGCGACCCUUCUUGGCCUGCUCCUCUCUUCCUCCUAGUGCCGGUGGGAAAGAAGCAGCCAUUUAUCACCACUGCGCACCAGGAGGAACGUAGAGCAUCCCCGCGCUGCUCUGCCUGCUCCUCCCUCCCACCCAGCGCCGGCCACAUGAGCAUUCUGCACUUUAUUUAUUGCAGAGGCGGUUUCAGGGUGAGCUGCCCAAAACCCCAGCGGGGUUGGCACGCAGCAUCGCAGCACAGGCUGGGUCCCGAGAGGCUGAAGCCGGUGGUGGUUUAGGGAGCCUUAUCCCCACCCCGGCAGCUUCCAGCUCCCACUUCUGCACCUCUUGAGCGAAUCUCGGGAUGUUUUUAGCUAAGAUAAAACCAGCCUUUGGUGCAGCAUCGGCUCCCGGGAAGCAGGUCGAACCUGCACUCGAAAACUGGCAUCUCUGCUUUUAUGCAAGUUCCCGACCCUCCACAUUACUCUCCUGCUUUUGGCUCCCACUUUGUUCUCUGUGGUUUUCUGUCCUGUUCUUUGUUUAUUGCCUCAUUUCCCCUCCACAAGCCCAAAUCUCAAGGAGCAAGCGCUUCUUCCCCAGAGUGUGCUGGAGAGACGAGGGGAAGCCAAUCUGGAGCCUGAGCACUGAGGGAAGAUGAUCCGGAGCCUGAGCGCUGAGGGGAAGCCAAUCCGGAGCCUGGGCGCCCUGGGGAAGCCAGUCCAGAGCCUGAGCACCCUGGGGAAGCCGAUCCAGAGCCUGAGCUCCAAGGGGAAGCCGAUCUGGAGCCUCCAUACCUGGUAGCUUGGACUAAACCCUACAGGGUUUUCUGGGACUGCUUAAACCAAACCAAAUAGGGAACAAAGCAUGCAGAGAUGCAUCGCCCUGAGCACCGGAACACGCGAGGCUGGCUCUGCCAAAGGCGCAGUGGUUUAGGGAAGGAGGUUUAGGACAGGUUGGAGGUUCCUGGCGCACCUUCGCAUGCUUUUUGUUUCCUUGCUGCUGGCUGUCAUCCCAUUUCCCCCCUGCACCUGCAGCAGCACUGGCUAUGCAAGAGCUUCGGCCGCUCCUGGAAAACUCAGCACUGCCCACACCCCACAGGACUCAGUGGAGGAAAAGCAGCUCUGGGGUUUUGAUGGGAGCAGAGUGCAGGGAGAAGCCAGCAGCGCAGGGUUCAGCGACUUCUCUUCCUCCUCCAUCCCACCUCCAGGGCCGAAGCUGAAGCCAACAUCCCGCCAGCUCUUCCUUGGCAUCAGGCUGGCACAGCAAUCCGGUUGGCAAGGAGCUUGCGUUUCCCCAUAGGGGCUUGGGUGUAAAUAGUGCAUAAACACACUCUUUGUAAAAGACCCCCAAAAAAGGGACAAAUGCCAUCUUUUCCCUCCCUCCACUGCUCCGUGGCGCUCUGUGGAAUCUGGACCGGCCGUGGGUGCCACGGGUUUUGGGGCUCCCCCACCCUUCUCUGGAGGAAAUAAAGGGGGUGCCUCGCGCUG